UUCUUUAUUGUUCUCACUGAUAAUGCAGUGGUCAGUACGGUCUCGGCCCGAGUCUGUACCCUGAUGAUUGAUCUAGGCUCACGCAGUUGCGGCCAGCGCAUGGGGAGAUUUGUCCUGCCACCGGGCGAUCCUUGCACCUGUACAGGGGUAAGACUAGGCGGUCAUUACCACCGCUACGCGCCUGAGAUGCAGGGGCAGGAUCCUCCGUUGUAUAUGGACAUGCUACCGGAGGUGACUGCUGAGGUUAUCGGCCGUUGGUUCAACUGCACCGCGAGCAAACCGGAGGAGUCGACGAUCGGAGUCACUGACACCGGCCCAGAGUCGACUUCUAAAGUUGCCCCGGGGUCGACACCUGUUGCAUCGACUCCUGCCGACAUGACACCAGUUGUCAGCACUACCCAUGAGCCGAUGGAGCCGCGAGCAGAUUGUCAAGAGAUCUUGGAUGCUGGUCAGACAACUAGCGGUGUGUAUACCAUCCAGCACGGAGACCAGGAUAUGCAGGUCUACUGCCGCAUGGAGCCGGAGUCGGGGAAAGGAUUCAUAGUGUUUCAGAGACGCCAGGACGGCUCGGUGAGCUUCAACCGGAUCUGGCGGGAGUACACAGAAGGAUUCGGGGAUCUGACCGGAGAGUUCUGGCUGGGCAACCAGAAGCUGCAUAGUCUGACUCGUAACCGGGGGUGGGAGCUGGUCAUCACCCUGAGGGCGUUCAAUGGGGAUGAAGCCCGUGUUCGUUAUGGGUUCUUCCUCGUAGACUCAUCUGAGUACAAUUACAGGCUCGAUGUCAGUGGCUUCAUUGCGGAGGGUGGAGAUGCAGGUGAUUCACUAAGCGUUCACUAUCGCCAACACUUCUCAACCCGCGAUGCUGACAACGACGAUGUCUCCCUGGAAAAUUGCGCUCAGAAAUUCCACGGAGGCUGGUGGUACAAGGGGUGCCAUGGCGACUCAUUCAAGAGCAACCUGAACGGCUUGUACUACAACGACGCAACAGUCGCUGAUUACAUGGGGAUACAGUGGGUCACCUGGAAGGGUAAACAGGUCUCUCUUAAAGGGACCGAAAUGAUGACACGACGCAUCCGCGGACAUUAACCGGUGAUCCAAAAAAAUCAGUCACAUUCAAAGACAAAGGCAAAAAGCUAAGGGGACAGAGGGGUCGCCGGGACUCAUCUCAGAGUUUUUCGAUAGAGAAAAUGCACUUUAAAGUUUUCUUGGCAAACAAAAAAAAUGAAAAAGUGAAAGAUAAAGGAUGUUUUUAAAAAAUGCAUUAGUGCAACAUUAAGAAAAAGUACUAGUAUAUCAGCAUAGGGAAAGCUCAUUUUUUCUAACUUUUUCCAAAACCCACUAAUUAACGAAGAUAAUAUCAUGAUAUUUUUGUUAAACGCUUAAUAAUAAAUUGCGUCUUUAACUCGAUCGCUUGG